UCGUGCAAUGGCCCGCUGCAAAAAAGUGAAUCAUUUUGCGUAAAAGCUGCCCAGUAACAAAAUUUAACUAUUUAUUUUUAAAUAUAGAAAGGCGGUUGCUUUUUCUUACCUCACGCAUAGUGUAAGCGGACUAUGGCCAGUUGGUUGCAGUACUCGGAUCGUGUGCAUUCGUCGUUUAUUUGUCAGAAUUUUAUCCACAUUACCAACCUGUCGCAAUCAUCCAGCUUCUCUACAGUGGUUCGCUACAGUGACCGUGAACUAGCACGAGCCCGCGACGUUCACCUUUCGAUGAUAACAGUUUGAGCUAUUUCUAACGUUGGAACCGCCAUUAGUGUAACCAAUUGCUCAAGUACUGAACAGUAAACUUUCACUCAUCCAAAUCGGUUUGCCAUCCUUCUCUGUCUCCGAUGGAUUCCACAUCGAGUGAUGCCGGCAAGGAAGAUGACGAUGAAAGUUCGUCCUCCUCAUCAAGCGGAUCGGAAGCAACCACACCGAAGCGUUCCGAGUUGGAUGAUUUCCGCGCCAAAUGGCAGCAGGAAUUGAAAAGAGAACAACCCACGGCCAACCAGCCGGUUGUGGCCGUUGCUACGACCGUGGAAAACGAUUCCAUCGAGCAUCAGGCCCGUACACUGUUCCAGCAGGGCUCGGAGCUGGAACGAAGCGGUAAAGUGUUCGAAGCCAUGCGACUCUAUCGCCGUGCCACGCAGCUCGUACCGGACAUCGAGUUCCGUGUGUAUGAUAAAAAGCACAUAAAGCCGCAGGAAGAUGACAGUCAUGCGAACGCACGAAUCGUCGAAGGAUUGAUGGAACGCAUGAUGGAGGCAAAUAUAGACGAAGACGAGGAAAAUCUGGAGAACGUCGAUCUUGCUUUACGCUUCCAAACGCUAAUGGCCCGUUCAGGGAAACUUUUCGAACGGGCCAGCGGUGACCGUAAGCUGAUUGUAACUGCGGCUCACUUUUCAGACUUGCCGAUGGAACUUAUCCUGUACAUUCUGCGCUGGGUUGUGUCAAACGAUUUGGACCUGAAAUCGCUCGAACGAUUCGCCUCCGUUUGUCGUGGGUUCUAUCUGCUUGCGAGAGAUCCAGAAAUAUGGCGCCAUGCCUGCAUGAGAAUUUGGGGUGUAAAUCUGGGUGUGCUGAAGGGGACAACGUUCAAUUCCUGGCGCGAGAUGUACAUUAACAGACCACGGAUACUGUUCCACGGAUGUUACAUCAGCCGGGCCAGCUAUCUACGUUCGGGCGAGAACAGUUUCCAGGAUCAGUUCUACCGCCCGAUCCAGCUCGUAGAGUAUUACCGCUACUUUCGCUUCUUUGCGGACGGCAAGGUCCUAAUGCUAACAACGGCUGACGAGCCACAGCAAUGUGUCGUUAAGCUGAAGCCCCGAAGUCCCGCACAGAAUGAAAUACUGCGUGGACACUAUCGGUAUGCUGAGGAAGUUGCACGACGACAUCGUAAUCGUAGUCAUUCAACGCAACCGGCCAUCGGCGCCAGCACAAAUGCAGCGCCCGGGUCGCAGGGUGCGCGAAAUCGAACCAGAAUUUGGGCAGCAAACGUUCCUGAUGGAACUGCAGAUCGUAAGCACCGCCAAGCGGCCAUUCAGCCAGCUGCACUGGAAGCAGUACACAAUGGUGCAGCAGCGUAACAACCAGGAGAAAACGAGCCAGUUCGAGCUAACCACCACCAAAUAUCCACCGAUGUACUUUUCGCGUGUCAAGAGCUACCACCUGGAAUCGGAAGGACCAUUGAAGUAGACACGCCCGAUACAUCGGGGCAGCAUGGACCGUGUGGGCGUAUGCUCUUUGCACACGGAGCAUAAACACGUGCAACAAACACAUCUUACAUACACCCAGAGAUAUAGUGGUUUAUUUUGUGCAUAUUUUUU